AUGCGUGUGGAACUGGAGCAAAUUAAUAAUAUUAAAAUCAAUCAUCUAGUUCUCGGCAUCGAAAAAAUUAAAAAACUAGAAUUACACGCGUUCGCUGACGCAAGUAUGCAAGCCUAUGGUGCUUGUAUAUACACACGCGCUACAGACAUUUAUGGUAAAGUAGUAAUAAAUUUAUUGUGUGCAAAAUCAAGAGUCGCGCCAUUAAAGGUAGUUUCGUUACCUCGGCUCGAACUGUUAGCUGCGCUUUUGGCCGCUCGCCUUAUGUCAAAAUAUGCACCAAAAUUACAGUUACCUAUAAAUGAAUAUUUUUAUUGGACAGAUUCGACACUGGUAUUAAAUUGGUUAUUAUCUCCGUCGUCUCGUUGGAAAACUUUUGUGGGAAACAGAGUAAGUGAAAUACAAGAGUUAACGUCUGUUUCACAAUGGAGGCAUGUUGCGUCCAGCGACAAUCCAGCGGACAUAGUGUCAAGAGGCUGUUUUCCAUCACAAAUGAAAGGUUUAGAUUUAUGGUGGAACGGACCUAGUUGGUUGAAAGGGGAACAUACUCAAUGGCCAAGUAACUUUCGAGAACUUAANAUACUCAAUGGCCAAGUAACUUUCAAGAACUUAAUUCUAAAAGUGAAUAUUUGUCUGAAGAAAAAUAAACUUUUACAUGUUGUGGCUUAUUGUCUUCGUGUGAAGUUAAAUUUUUUAUCGAGUGACACUAAUAUUUAUGGUCCUGUUGAAGUUACAGAAAUUGAAAAUGCCCUUAAACGAUUAGUGAAGGUAGCGCAACUAGAAGAAUUUUUUACUGAGUUGUGUGACUUAAAAAACUCAAAAUUAGUGUCCAGUAAAAGUAAACUUUUUCGUCUUAAACCAUUUCUAGACAACGAUGGUAUAAUCAGGGUAGGCGGUAGAUUAAAACAUGCCGUCUCACUAUCAUUUUUUCAAAAACAUCCGAUAGUGUUACCCGCUGAUAGUGCUUUUACAAAAUUAUUAUUUCUGGAUGAACACGAAAAAUCAUUACACGCCGGUCCACAAGCGAUGUUAGCUAAUAUACGUUUGAGAUAUUGGCCGAUUAAUGGACGUAAUAUAGCCAGAAAUAUAUCUAGAAAAUGUGUCAAAUGUUUCAAAUACAAACCGGUUGUAUUUGAGCCCAUCAUGGGUGACUUACCUAAGGACCGAGUCGAACCAGCGCGAGCCUUUGUUAAAUGUGGCGUAGAUUUUGCUGGUCCAGUGUUUGUGCGAUCUAGUUUGCGAAGAAACGCGCCUAAGACUAAAGCGUAUAUCAGUAUCUGGGUUUGUCUUGUCACAAAAGCUAUUCAUAUAGAAUUAGUAGGCGAUUUGACAGCGGAGUCUUUCCUUAAUACGUUACGGAGAUUCUGUGAUAGACGUGGUUAUUGUAUGGAUGUANUCUGUGAUAGACGUGGUUAUUGA